AUGACAUGUGGAGACGGUCCUUUGGGUUCCCAACCUUUGUGGAGAGCGAUAUGGCAAUCGCCGGGCCCUCAAUGUAUAAGGAUCUUUCUAUGGUUGCUUACGAAAAAUCGACUCCUUACUAAUGCGGGGAGUAGCCGAAGGAACUUGACGGACUCUACCCUAUGCGUGAAGUGCGAUCAUACCGAGGAGACAACGCUGCAUGUUGUCUGUGAUUGUCAACUAGCAGCAAAAAUUUGGCGUCGGUUUUUUCCAGUGUGGAAGCUUUGGAAGUGGCAGAAUGAGUUAAUCUUCAGGCGAGCUCGGGAUGUGGCAAUGUGUGUGCGUGAAAUUCACACCUAUAUUGACGGACUGACGAAGAUGCUAGGCGGAACCAAAGAGCUCGGGGGACGGGCCGACUACGAGUUCCUCGAUGGAUUUGAUGGGAAAGAACUUUGCUAA